AUGCCCGCCAUGGGCACCUCUUCCAACCAGUACUUCCUCCUCACCCACUUGUACGAGUUCUUCGGCACCCUCCUCGGCUGCUCCCAGCAGGGCAUGACCGGCUUCGACAAGUACGACGGCCAGCCCUCCAUGUACAAGGUCCACAAGUUCAUGAACCUCGGCGAGGCUGAGUUGACCUACUUCAUCAGCCAGGUCGGCGCUGCUGCCGCCUCCUUCGGCGUUGCCAAGGACGACAUCACUGCUGUUGCCAACGCUCUCAGCAGCACCUUUGGCAUGAAGUGCGCUGCCCCCGCUGAGGUCAUCAAGGGCUCCGGUCCCCAGGCCCAGGCCAUCUGCAUUGGCGAUGGCUGCCCCGAGGCCAAGGAGCCCCAGUGCAGCGCCUACGCCGCCGCUGUCGCCCCCGCCAAGUGCUCCGCCGCCUCCAUGUCCGGCUCCAUGAUGCCCUCUGGCACCAGCAUGCCUUCUGGCUCUGGCUCCAUGACUGGCUCCAUGCCCGCCUCCAUGACCGGCACCAUGACCAAGCCCGCCACCACCAACCCCACUGGUGCCGCUGGUGUCAACGGCGUCAACAUUGCCGCUGCUGCUGCCGCCAUUGCUGCUCUUGCUCUGUAAAUGGAGCCUGCUGCUAGUAGCUCUCGGUGUAUGGAUAAUGUAAUGUCAAAUGUUCUUGUUGCUGUACCUUGUUCUUCUUUCGCCGCCUCCUCCCAAGGCGCGGCGGAUGCACGCGGCCUGGGGGGUUGUUGUGCUCUCUCUUAAUUAAUACCAAAGAAAUUUGAAAACUUAUUCGAUACCUCAAUUGAUUUUUGCUCCAUACUGUGAUGGAUGUCCACAUUCCUUUUCUCUGCAUCUCCACGUCUCACACUUAGAAAACCCUUUUGAAUUUAUUUCUGCAAUGUAUCUUACACCCAUUGACUUGCUCUUUGUAGUUAGUCCCACGUGAGCCUUUGCCACGAGGUUGCAUUGUGGGCUCGCCGCAUCUGUUCAGUCUUACGCCAAGCCGGGAUUGGGCCUGGGGAUCUCUUGACCCUGUCAU